GGCGUUGCGGCCCCGGACCCGGCUCCUUGCGCCGCCGCCGCCGCCUCCGCAGCCAAAGCCAGCAGCCGGGCCGGAUCACCCACCGUCCGGUGCACGCCGCCGCCCGCGCCAGCAGCCGGGCCGCAUCACCCGCCGCCCGGUGCCCGCCGCCGCCCUCGCCGCCCGCAUGGCGCUCCGGGGCUUCUGCAGCGCAGAUGGCUCCGACCCGCUCUGGGACUGGAAUGUCACGUGGUAUACCAGCAACCCUGACUUCACCAAGUGCUUUCAGAACACGGUCCUCGUGUGGGUGCCUUGUUUUUACCUCUGGGCCUGUUUCCCCUUCUACUUCCUCUAUCUCUCCCGACAUGACCGGGGCUACAUUCAGAUGACACUUCUCAACAAAACCAAAACUGCCUUGGGAUUUUUGCUGUGGAUCGUCUGCUGGGCAGACCUCUUCUACUCUUUCUGGGAAAGAAGUCGGGGCAUAUUCCUGGCCCCAGUGUUUCUGGUCAGCCCAACUCUCUUGGGCAUCACCAUGCUGCUUGCUACCUUUUUAAUUCAGCUGGAGAGGAGGAAGGGAGUUCAGUCCUCAGGGAUCAUGCUCACUUUCUGGCUGGUAGCCCUACUGUGUGCCCUAGCCAUCCUGAGAUCGAAAAUUAUGACUGCCUUAAAAGAGGACGUCCAGGUGGACCUGUUUCGUGACAUCACUUUCUACGUCUACUUUUCCCUCGUACUCAUUCAGCUCGUCUUGUCCUGUUUCUCAGAUCGUUCACCCCUGUUCUCGGAAACCAUCCACGACCCUAAUCCUUGCCCGGAGUCCAGCGCCUCCUUCCUGUCCAGGAUCACCUUCUGGUGGAUCACAGGGUUGAUUGUCCGGGGCUACCGCCAGCCCCUGGAGGGCAGUGACCUCUGGUCCUUAAACAAGGAGGACACGUCGGAACAAGUCGUGCCUGUUUUGGUAAAGAACUGGAAGAAGGAAUGCGCCAAGACUAGGAAGCAGCCAGUGAAGGUCGUGUACUCCUCCAAGGAUCCUGCCCAGCCGAAAGACAGUUCCAAGGUGGAUGCGAAUGAGGAGGUGGAGGCUUUGAUUGUCAAGUCCCCACAGAAGGAGUGGAACCCCUCCCUGUUUAAGGUGUUAUACAAGACCUUUGGGCCCUACUUCCUCAUGAGCUUCUUCUUUAAGGCCAUCCACGAUCUGAUGAUGUUUUCCGGGCCGGAGAUCUUAAAGUUGCUCAUCAACUUCGUGAAUGACACAAAGGCACCAGACUGGCAGGGCUACUUCUACACCGCACUGCUGUUCGUCGCUGCCUGCCUGCAGACCCUGGUGCUGCACCAGUACUUCCAUAUCUGCUUCGUCAGCGGCAUGAGGAUCAAGACCGCCGUCAUUGGGGCUGUCUAUCGGAAGGCCCUGGUGAUCACCAAUGCAGCCAGAAAAUCCUCCACGGUCGGGGAGAUCGUCAACCUCAUGUCUGUGGACGCCCAGAGGUUCAUGGACUUGGCCACAUACAUUAACAUGAUCUGGUCAGCCCCCCUGCAAGUCAUCCUUGCUCUCUACCUCCUGUGGCGGAACCUGGGCCCUCCCAUCCUGGCUGGAGUGGCCGUGAUGGUCCUCAUGGUGCCCGUCAAUGCUGUGAUGGCGAUGAAGACCAAGACGUAUCAGGUGGCCCACAUGAAGAGCAAAGACAAUCGGAUCAAGCUGAUGAAUGAAAUUCUCAAUGGGAUCAAGGUGCUAAAGCUUUAUGCCUGGGAGCUGGCGUUCAAGGACAAGGUGCUGGCCAUCAGGCAGGAGGAGCUGAAGGUACUGAAGAAGUCUGCCUACCUGGCAGCCGUGGGCACCUUCACCUGGGUCUGCACACCCUUCCUGGUGGCCCUGUGCACAUUUGCCGUCUACGUCACCAUUGACAAGAACAACAUCCUGGAUGCCCAGAAAGCCUUCGUGUCUUUGGCCUUGUUCAACAUCCUCCGGUUUCCCCUGAACAUUCUCCCCAUGGUCAUCAGCAGCAUCGUGCAGGCGAGUGUCUCCCUCAAACGCCUGAGGAUCUUUCUUUCCCAUGAGGAACUGGAACCUGACAGCAUCGAGCGACGGCCUGUCAAAGACGGCGGGGAUACGAACAGCGUCACCGUGAGGAACGCCACAUUCACCUGGGCCAGGAGCGACCCUCCCACGCUGAAUGGCAUCACCUUCUCCAUCCCGGAAGGUGCCUUGGUGGCCGUGGUGGGCCAGGUGGGCUGCGGAAAGUCGUCGCUGCUCUCAGCUCUCUUGGCCGAGAUGGACAAAGUGGAGGGGCACGUGGCUAUCAAGGGCUCGGUGGCCUAUGUGCCACAGCAGGCCUGGAUUCAGAAUGAUUCUCUCCAAGAAAACAUCCUUUUUGGAUGUCAGCUGGAGGAACCGUAUUACAGGUCCGUGAUACAGGCCUGUGCCCUCCUCCCAGACCUGGAAAUCCUGCCCAGCGGGGAUCGGACAGAGAUUGGCGAGAAGGGCGUGAACCUGUCUGGGGGCCAGAAGCAACGCGUGAGCCUGGCCCGGGCCGUGUACUGCAAUGCUGACAUUUACCUCUUCGAUGAUCCCCUCUCAGCAGUGGAUGCCCACGUGGGAAAACAUAUCUUUGAAAAUGUGAUUGGCCCCAAGGGGAUGCUGAAGAACAAGACGCGGAUCUUGGUCACGCACAGCAUGAGCUACUUGCCGCAGGUGGACGUCAUCAUCGUCAUGAGCGGCGGCAAGAUCUCUGAGAUGGGCUCCUACCAGGAGCUGCUGGCCCGAGACGGCGCCUUCGCUGAGUUCCUGCGUACCUAUGCCAGUGCAGAGCAGGAGCAGGACCCAGAGGACAACGGGGUCACGGGCAUCAGCGGUCCAGGGAAGGAAGCAAAGCAAAUGGAGAAUGGCAUGCUGGUGACAGACAGUGCAGGGAAGCAACUGCAGAGACAGCUCAGCAGCUCCUCCUCCUACAGCGGGGACGUCAGCAGGCAACACAACAGCACCGCAGAACUGCAGAAAGAUGGGGCCAAGAAGGAGGAGACGUGGAAGCUAAUGGAGGCUGACAAGGCGCAGACAGGGCAGGUCAAACUUUCCGUGUACUGGGACUACAUGAAGGCCAUCGGACUCUUCAUCUCCUUUCUCAGCAUCUUCCUUUUCAUAUGUAACCAUGUGGCCGCGCUGGCUUCCAACUAUUGGCUCAGCCUCUGGACUGAUGACCCCAUAGUCAACGGGACCCAGGAGCACACGAAGGUCCGGCUGAGCGUCUAUGGAGCCCUGGGCAUUUCGCAAGGGAUCGCCGUGUUUGGUUACUCCAUGGCUGUGUCCAUCGGGGGCAUCUUGGCUUCCCGCUGUCUGCACGUGGACCUGCUGCACAGCAUCCUGCGGUCACCCAUGAGCUUCUUUGAGCGGACCCCCAGUGGGAACCUGGUGAACCGCUUCUCCAAGGAGCUGGACACGGUGGACUCCAUGAUCCCGGAGGUCAUCAAGAUGUUCAUGGGCUCCCUGUUCAACGUCAUCGGUGCCUGCAUCGUUAUCCUGCUGGCAACGCCCAUCGCCGCGAUCAUCAUCCCGCCCCUUGGCCUCAUCUACUUCUUCGUCCAGAGGUUCUACGUGGCCUCCUCCCGGCAGCUGAAGCGCCUCGAGUCCGUCAGCCGCUCCCCAGUCUAUUCCCAUUUCAACGAGACCUUGCUGGGGGUCAGCGUCAUUCGAGCCUUCGAGGAGCAGGAGCGCUUCAUUCACCAGAGUGACCUGAAGGUGGACGAGAACCAGAAGGCCUAUUACCCUAGCAUCGUGGCCAACAGGUGGCUGGCCGUGCGGUUGGAGUGUGUGGGCAACUGCAUCGUUCUGUUUGCUGCCCUGUUCGCGGUGAUCUCCAGGCACAGCCUUAGCGCUGGCUUGGUGGGCCUCUCAGUGUCUUACUCAUUGCAGGUCACCACGUACUUGAACUGGCUGGUUCGGAUGUCAUCUGAGAUGGAAACCAACAUCGUGGCCGUGGAGAGACUCAAGGAGUAUUCAGAGACCGAGAAGGAGGCACCUUGGCAAAUCCAGGAGACAGCUCCGCCCAGCAACUGGCCCCAGGUGGGCCGAGUGGAAUUCCGGAACUACUGCCUGCGGUACCGAGAGGACCUGGACUUCGUUCUCAGGCACAUCAAUGUCACCAUCAAUGGGGGAGAAAAGGUCGGCAUCGUGGGACGGACGGGAGCUGGGAAGUCAUCCCUGACGCUGGGCUUAUUUCGGAUCAACGAGUCUGCCGAAGGAGAGAUCAUCAUCGAUGGCAUCAACAUCGCCAGGAUCGGCCUGCACGACCUCCGCUUCAAGAUCACCAUCAUCCCCCAGGACCCUGUGUUGUUUUCGGGUUCCCUCCGCAUGAACCUGGACCCGUUCAGCCAGUAUUCGGACGAAGAAGUCUGGACGUCCCUGGAGCUGGCCCACCUGAAGGGGUUCGUGUCAGCCCUUCCCGACAAGCUGGACCACGAGUGUGCAGAAGGCGGGGAGAACCUCAGUGUUGGGCAGCGCCAGCUUGUGUGCCUGGCCCGGGCCCUGCUGAGGAAGACGAAGAUCCUUGUGUUGGAUGAGGCCACAGCAGCUGUGGACCUGGAAACGGACGACCUCAUCCAGUCCACCAUCCGGACACAGUUUGAGGACUGUACCGUUCUCACCAUCGCCCACCGGCUCAACACCAUCAUGGACUACACAAGGGUGAUCGUCUUGGACAAAGGAGAGAUCCAGGAGUACGGCGCCCCGUCGGACCUCCUGCAGCAGAGAGGACUCUUCUACAACAUGGCCAGAGACGCCGGCCUGGUGUGAGCCGCACAGCUGGCCUAUCUGGUCAGAACUGCAGGGCCUACAUGCCCGCGCCCAGGCAGGAGUCAGUACCCCUGGGAAACCAAGCCUCCCACACUGAAACCAAAAAAUCAAAACCAAACCCAGACAACCAAAACAUACUCAAAGCAGCAGCCACCACCAUCCAGUCCCCUGCCUGGAACUGGCCGUGAAGACACGGGACAGACACAGAGAGGCGAGCUGCCCAAAACAUGCUCGCCCUUGCCCCUGGUGCCCUGAGACAUACACACAGCCUCAUGCCCCUGGGAAUGCAAGUGUGUUCCUGGUGCUUCCCGCGGACGAGUUUUGGCAGCCAGACUUCUGAAGGAAUUGGUUGUAUAGAAGAUCCUAGUGACCAAAUCCAGCCGGCUGCCUCGGAUCUCUCCAGCUGAAGUCUAUGGACUGCAAGUCUUUGAGAUGCCUGUGGCUCCCAUCACCUCUAACAUCCUUGUCUGGGUCCACCCGGAAUGCUUCAUUUCCUUGGGGCUGCAGUUUUGAGGUUGAGGGGCCUGGAGAAAAUCAUUCCCUUCCCUUGGCAGUGUCCCAGGGCCCUGCAUGGUCCUCUUACCAACAUCUGGUCUUCCAGGCACUCAGAAGCUGGGAACCAGCAUCCCAGCGCCAGCUCUGCCAGUUCUUGCUUCAGGCCAGAGGCAGCCUCUGCGCUCCCAAGCCUGUCCUCCUGGAAGGGACCUGGUUGGACUAACAGAUAACCUGGACCUGGAACUGCAGGGCCAGGGGAUUGUCUCGUAGGGCCAACGUUCCACCUGGGGUUCCCCUCCCCACUCACCCCCACUCCAGGCUUUCCCUUGCUUUUUUCUUUUGCUCAACAUUGUAAGAACAAUCAACGCCGUUAUUACUGUUCCCACCAUGAUUGAUGGGGGGUAAAUAUUAAGGAGAUGGUCUCAUGGGAAUUUGACAUUGACUAGAAAUAGAGAUGGAGAGUGAGCAGCCAGCUGGACGGCUGCUGACCAGUCCUAGCAGAAAACGUGUUAGGGGCCUUGCCUGAAGCACUGUUGGUUGCUUACAGUGUUGAUUGCUUUUCUUCUUUUUUCUUACCCCUCUUUGCUUUCCCUCUCAUGGUACCUGCUCAUGGUUAUGAAGCUUUCAAAGUAAAGAACACGAAGUACCUCCCAAGUAUUACCAAUAGGUACCAAAAAACGUCCCCUUGAGUCUUUUCCUUUUUUUUAGACUUUAAUUCUCUCCCUUGGCAUCCGGUUAGCCCCCCAGGGGGGGCAGCAUUGUGGAGAACUUGACGUUUAGUUAUUGAUGCUCUUCCAGGACACAAAAAGAACCCAUCUUUGAAUAUCAGUGAUUUUUUUUUUCUUUAAGUACUGUUCCAGGGAGAAAAACUGUCUCAAAACUUGAACUUCUUGGGAAGAGAAGUGUUAGGCUGAGAAGUCACAUUCCCAGGAAAUAGUGAGGAGCUCGCCCUGUGUUUGACCGUUUUGGUCUCUGUAUUCCUGGAAGAAAACGGAGAAGCAGCAUCGUUUAAAGCCUGUUCUUUAAUGUGUCUCCGUUGGAGCCCAAAGUGAAAUCCAGAAAGCAGCCAGAGCUGACGGCUGCCCCAGGACUCAUACUUGCUAAGAAUUACAUCGCCGACUUCAAACCCAGAGAGCAUCUUUCUUUUAGGUGAAAACACAUAUAUUUAUUUUUUGUAAGUUAUACCAUUCUUUCGCAUUAGAUAAACCAAGUUUUGGGGGAUCCUUUUGUAAUGACUUAAACUGGAAAUGUGAACAUUUGCAGUAAAAAAUAUAUAUAUAUCUAUAUAUUUUA